GACAAGUGUCCACGAAAUCGUCGAUCAGAAAUAUACUGAAAUCUUCAUGAUUUCGAAUAAUAUAGUAUUGUGAUUGUAAUCCAUAAUGGCUCUAUCAAGAGAAGAAGCGUACGAUAUAUUAGAAUUGCCCGUUGGUGCAGAUCAAGACUCUGUAAGAACCAGUUAUAAAAGAUUGGCAUUGAAAUGGCAUCCUGACAAACAUAGUGGAAGCAGUUCAAAUGAUGCCAUCAAAAAUUUCCAAAGUAUAAGUAAAGCUUAUAAGCGGCUAUCUGGAGAAGAUGAGGACCACAUGCCUUCAUCGCUGGACCAGAUGCUUGCCCUCUUUAAAGAAGUAUUUUUCCCAAGAUCUGUUGGUAAUUCCUAUAAUGGGUCUGGAUAUGACACCUCAGACAGUGAAGACGAUGAAGAUUUUGAUGAUGACAUACAGUAUUCAAAUUUAUUCCCAGAUAAAUUUAAAUUAAAACAAGAAAUGAAAAAAGCCAAAACAGCUUCCGAAUUCAGUAAUAAACAUCUAACAGCAGAAGAAAUAAAUAAAAAUGCAGAGGAAUUAAUUACAGAAGAAGAAAAAGAAAAGAAAAGAGCAGAAAAAAGAAAAGCAAAGAAAAAGAGAAGAAGAGAGCGUAAACGUCAAGAAAAGGGAGAUAAUCCAGAAAUAGAGGAGGACAAGAAAAUUAAAACAAAGACAAAAGAUUCGGAAAAUUCUGAGAAGAUUAAAGGGAAAAAAAUUUCGAGAGAUUCUUCAUCGUCUUCAGACGAAGCCGGUUUUGAUCCUCAUUCAGCAUUUUUUACCAAAGUUGUUAAUAAGAAAAAGAAAUCCGGGGUGCCACAAAGCUCUGAACACUCAUCAAAAAAAGACAAGAAGGGAGGAAGUGAAGAUGAUGCAGAGGACCUAGAUCCAGUGGUAUUACGCAGUCGACAAUUAGCCAUUAAAGGAAAUGAGAUGGCCCAGCUAGGUCACUAUAAUGCAGCAAUAGAACUUUUCUCCGAGGCAAUCAAAUUAGACCCCAACGAUUUUAGAUUUUUUGGAAACAGAUCUUACUGUUAUGACAGAGUACAGCAAUAUGAUAGAGCAUUAAAAGAUGCUGAAAAGGCCAUACAUCUAUCCAAAGAGUGGCCAAAAGGUUAUUUUAGAAAAGGACGAGCACUAGCUGGUCUACGAAUGUUUUCAGAGGCGGAAGACGCCUUUACACAGGUUUUGAAAUUAGACAAAAAUUGUGAAGAUGCAGUGACGGAAUUACUGAGGGUGCGGACACAUCAAAUUACUGAUAUGGGAUUUUCACGACAACAAGCGGAAGCGGCCAUUAAACAGCAUGGAACAGUACAGUCUGCAUUAGAUUCUCUACUAGCUGGAGUUGCGGAAAAUGUUUUAGGAGGAGAAGUUUAUGUUUCUGAUGAUGAUGAAGAUUUUACGAUAGCAAACAAUAGGACAUCAUCACAACCUAAAAAAUCUGAUGCCAAGAUGGAUCACAGCAAUCCAGACGGACUAACGGCCCUAUGGGUAGGAAAUGUCCUUCCUGACAAAGUUGAUGACAAAAAACUUUUUAGAAUUUUUUCCAAAUAUGGAGCUGUUACAAGUGUUCGAUGUCUUCCUGAAAAAUAUUGUGCUUUUAUAAAUUAUAAAACAAAGGAGGCAGCUGGCAAAGCCAUGCAGCAUUUACAGGGUGCCGAAUGUGGAGGUCAGAAACUCCUUAUUAAGUUUCCAGACAAUCCUAUUGUUAAUGGAAGUGGAAACAUCACACUUAGAAAAAACCACCAGAAGUCCUCUGGACCUGCCACCAUCACAAUAGGGUCCUCCACUCCUUUGUCAUCCUCCAAUAAAACACAAGUUGCUGUAGCCAAAGCAGUGGAUAACUUACCAAAGCAGUCGGGGCCAGUGAAUGGUGACGAGUGUUAUUUCUGGCGUACGACGGGUUGUGUAUACGGGGACAAGUGUCGGAAUAAACAUGUAGCAGAUCACCGUGGCCUGGACAAAAAACCGUGGCAAAAAUCUUAAUGUGAUUCCUUCACUAGAUGUGUUAACAUUCACACAGACUGUUAUGUCAAAAACUUACCAUUGAUGUAUGUUUGUGUGUGUAUGUGCUUGUGAGUGUGCGCACAGUUGUAUAUGUGUGUGUGAUGUAUGGGUGUAGACAUAGUUUGAGGGGUGUUUGUGUACACUUGAUACAGAAUGAUGACAUUUUAAAGUUUUCGGUCUGUAGUUUCAAUUUUAACCAUAAUACAGAGGUGGAUCUGCCAAACAAAUAUAUAGAUCAUUUUAACAGUCUGUAUUCUCAGUAACUCAAUAUAUAUCGCUCGGCCUUCACACAGCACUCUAGUGACAUAACGAUAGAUUAAGGUGAAGCAUGAUUUCUAAUCUUCCAUCCUCCUCAAGGCAAAACUAGUGAUUCAAGCUCUGCUGGACAGGGUCAUUCUAUGUCGCCUCAAUCCAAAAUUGGGGAUACAUUUAGAAAUAUUUUACCUACGAUUUUUCUCCCUCUCCACUUAAGAUGAAAGUAUUUUUCUUUUUAAUCUUUGAGUGUAUGACGAUUGUAACAAGAAUAAAAAAAAAAUCUUGGUAUGAAGGUGAGAAAAGGGAUUAUGUUGUUUCCCAUCGACUUGUACAGGUGAUGGUAGAUGUCUUACAGUGCAAUGGUCAACUAGUGCUGGGCAAUCUCUUACAAAAAUCAUGGUUAACGAUUUCAUUUUCUGGACGGUGACCAAGAUCACUGAUUCCUCUGGUGUCAUUUGCUGAACUGUCAAUCAACUAAAAUCGAUAAUUUCAUUCUCAGUCAUGAAUGUCAAGCAAUUUUUGUCUGUUCAUUUUUUUCUUUUGGCAGUCAUUGCUAAAAUACAAUUACUCUCAAGUUUGAUAAUGUGUCUUCUAUGUUAGAAGCAUUUUGUGAUAAUGUAUUAUGUUGCCACACUAAAGAAUAUCAAAUAUAACAUUGAUCUGAAUGAGAUACAGAAUUUCACUCACAAACCACUGUUUUUUUUUUGUAUCAAUCUUUGGAUACUUUUGGUUGUGUCACUGUUUCCAUAUUGGAUACAAGUUCAGUGGCUCUGUACGAUUAUCCUGACAUUUCCCACUGGAUCCCAAUGUUUAUUUGUCACUCUGUAGGAUUACCCUGAUAUUUCCCACUGGAUCCUAAUGUUUCUUUGUCGCUCUGUAGGAUUAUCCUGAUAUUUCCCACUGGAUCCUAAUGUUUCUUUGUCACUCUGUAGGAUUAUCCUGACAUUUCCCACUGGAUCCUAAUGUUUCUUUGUCGCUCUGUAGGAUUAUCCUGACAUUUCCCACUGGAUCCUAAUG